AAAUCUCUGAAUUAAAUUGUGCAGAAGUUAUUGUUUGUUGUGAUUGCUAUGUUUAUAUGUCGGUCGGUCAAAGUGCUAAAGUUUAUGUCGCAUUAUACUGUGUGCCAAGAAUAAUUAAAGUCUUGAAAGGGCUAAAGAUAAUCGAAUGGAGGCAUUUGGAUAAAUACAGCCUCUCUACUUAUCUUUUUAUGUCAUCAUGCACCGUACGAUUUUUAAUAUAUCCAUUCAAUUUCGUCAAAUCUCGUCUACAAUUACAGAAACAAAAUACAGUUUACAAAGGAAUGCGGCAUGCUUUGGUGAAUAUAAUUCGAAAUGAGGGUUUGCGUGGUUUGUAUAGAGGGUUUUUAAUGACCGUUCCACAAAAUGUUGCUCCACUGAUAUAUUGCAAUGCAUAUGAAAAAACACGCGAAUCAUUAAAAUUUCAUUUACAUUUAUCAUCAGACAAAUUAGUUUCGUCAUUAGCUGGUGGUAUGGUAUCGCUUCUAACUCAAGUAAUAUUCGUUCCCACAGACAUUAUCUCACAAUAUAUGAUUGUUUACAAUAAUCCUUCUGCUUUUGUUGGGGAUACUAAGCAUGCUGCUGUUAUAAAUUAUAUCCAGCAAAAUAAAGCUGUAUUAUCUUCUCGACCAGCUUUUCAAGUCCUUCAUGCUUUGUAUCAUGUUGAUGGUUCUCGGGGUUUAUUUAGGGGUUACUUGGCUUCAACAGCAUUGGGAAUAUCUGGUGGAGCAAUAUUUUGGACUGUUUAUUACUCUUGCUUAGAAAGUAUUCGAUGGUGUAGGAACAAAUUUCUUCACAAAUUGCUAGGAUACGAAGAAAAAGGUCAUCCAUAUCUUUUUAUUGAUCAAGGAGCAGCUGCUGCGAUGUCUUCUGUUGUCGCUACAACUUCUACAAAUCCAUUAGAAAUGUUACGAUUACGAGUGCAGAUCCAGCGUGCUUCCUACGUAGAUACAAUCAAAACAAUGUGGUUAGAUGAAGGCUGCAGAAUAUUAACGAAAGGUCUUUUGCCACGGAUGAUCAAUAGUUGUAUGUAUGCCACGACAACAAUGGUAAUUUAUGAAACUUUGAAAAAAGUGUGUGUACUGCCAGAAUAUGAAGGUCAAGUUAUUUGGUGAUU